AAACAAUGAUAGCUUAACACAUUGUGAUAUAAGGAGCAAUUUCCACAUUUAGCAACAGUAUACUCCAUGAGAGACAGUUGACCCUGAAAUCGGGGCAGUGUUGGUGGAUCUUUAUUGCCUACUUUAAAUCCGCAGUCAUAAAAAGCUUAUACUUCGGAAUAUAUAACUGAAUUGCCCACGUCAAUUUUUUUGUGUUGACAAGAUGCAAGACUUGACUAAACUCACGGACCAAGAACUUGGGGACUUCUUCAACUCUUUUGAUACAAUUUUAGCGGACAUUGAUGGAGUAUUACGAAACGUCCUUCAGCCAAUACCAGGGUCUGUAGAGGCAAUAAAAUCUUUGAAAAAAAUGGGCAAACAGUUUACCUUUGUAACAAACAACACGACAAAAUCCGUCGAUACGUUGUACCAAGAGCUAAAAGCAGCGGGUUUUGAUGUGGAAAAAGAUAAAAUAGUGACGCCACUAGCACCCAUGGUCUCCCACUUACAGAAACAGAACUUACCUAGGAAAACAGUGUUUGUAAUUGGAAUGCCUGUAAUCAAACAAGCACUGAAAGAUGCUGGAUUUACGUUGGCACCAAAUGGGCCUGACCGGUUUAAAGAUGCCAUAGAAGUAUUCUCUAAUCUGGCUAUCGAAGACGAUGGCUCUGUUGAGGCGGUUAUUUGUGACGUAGACAUGAACCUAAAUUACUUAAACCUGCAGAAAGCGGCAACGUUUCUAGAAAGACCAGAAGUAAUUUUUAUAGCUGGUGCUACAGAUGUAAAAUUCCCUGUAGGAAAAGGUAAUCGGAUUUUGAUAGGUCCGGGAAUUUUUAUCCAGAUUCUGGAAAGAAUGACAAAACGAACGGCCAUCAAGAUCGCUAAACCUAGCCCUUUUUUGAACGAGUUCAUCGUGGAAAAGUAUGGAAUAAAGGAUCGGUCUCGAGUUUUGUUCAUUGGUGACUCAAUUCCAGAAGACAUGGGCUUCGCUGGUAACUGCGGCUACAAAAAAUUGCUGGUUUUGAGUGGUUUGGCAAAGAAGAGUUCGCUGGAAAACUGGGAGUUUGAAGAGAAGUGCAAACCUGAAUUCUACGUGGACAGUCUGAAGGAAGUGCACGAGUUGGCGUUACGACUGUUUGGAAAAUAAAUAAUUUCUGUC